AUGUGCCAAGCAAAGACGAUGAACUGCAAGACGCCGCUGGUGACUCACGCGCUGCCGCCGACGGCCGCGCACUCGCUGUGGCAGCCCAAGCUCAUGUACCUCACGAGCAACGCCUGGACGUCGGCGCAGACGAACUUCCUGAGCAUCUUUUACCAGCAAACGGCGCAGUUCAGCAAAGUGCAGAUCGGUCUCUUGCAGACGCUGCCGUGCGUGUGCACUAUGCUGGCGCCGCCGUUCUGGGGCGUUGUUGCCGACCGCAUCCAGAACCAGCGCCUCGUGCACAUCUUCUGCAUCAUCACGGGCGCGUUCCUCAUGUUUGCCGUCCGGUUCUUCUACUGGUCGUUCGAGUGGAUGAUCGUCGUGAUCAUCAUGUCGAACUUCCAAGUGUCGCCGACGGGCUCGUUGCUGGACCACACGGUGCUCAACCUGCUCGACAAAGUGGGCGGCGAGUACGGCAAGCAGCGGCUCUUUGGUGCGCUCGGGUACGGCGUCGGCGCGUACGUCACGGGACUCAUCGUGACCGUCGCCGGCAUCUCGUGGUCGUUCAACGUCAGCUCGUUGCUCGGCCUGACGUCGCUGUUUGUGCUGCGCACGAUCCCGCCCAUGCAGCACAGUCCGCUCUUGACCGAAGCCGUGCUGGAAUGCGGAGACGUGCGGCCGCCGUCGUUCCUCGAGAACGUGCGGAUGAUCUGCAAGAUGGCCGACGUGCUCGUGCUCUUUGGCGUGGUGUUCCUCAUGGGCCUCAUGUACGGCGUGCUAUCGAGCUUCCUCACGCUCAACUUGUACAACAUCUCGGGCGAGAAUGCCGAGAUUGUGGGCAUUGCCAUCAUGUGCGAGACCGCGUCGGAGCUGCCUGCGUUCUUCUUCUCGCACAAGAUCAUCAACCGCUUUGGCAUUGUCAACGUCCUGCUGAUGUCCAUCAUUGGCUAUGCGCUUCGCGUGUCCUACUACGCUGUGAUGACCAAUGCGUGGGGCGCCAUUCCCUUUGAGUUCUUGCACGGCGUGACCUACGGAUUGGCAUGGGCAGCGUGCACGCAGUACGUGUACUCGGCAGCUCCUCCUGGCUGCGAGGGCACGAUCAUGGGCGUGCUGAACUCGGUACAGAACGGACUCGCGCGCGGCAUGGGCACACUCAUUGGCGGCUACUUUUACCAGCACUAUGGAGCUCACACCAUGUGGCUCGUCACGGACCUCGGUGUGCCGCUCGCGUUGAUUGGUUUGGGUGUCUUUGCACACCUCAAGAACAAGACGAAGCACAGCGUUGUGUGCGUGGAGCCCCAUCUGGAGGAAGCUGAGCUCUUUUCGCCACACGUGGGCAACCCACAAGCGCUUCAGUCACCUGUAGUCGGCCGUAACUUUGGCGAGAGCUAA